AUGGCCAAAGACGGUGUAAAAGACAGGACGAGGCACAAGUCCAACUUUGAUGUCGACUACGUGAUCCACUACAGAAUCCCCGCAACAGACCAAGAAGCAGCCGAAGCUGAGGCUGCCUUUACUCAGCUCGUCAAGGAAGUCUCCGACGUGGGGUUCGCUACCGAAGUCCGCAAUGGCGGCAAGUCGUCAUUGCUGGUCUUCGUCAAGAUCGCCUCGGACAAGCUGCUAGCAAAGCAAAUCUACCGCUACAGGGUCCAAGACUGGCUGUACGGUGUGCGGACCUCGGCGCCCAACCAGGACCUGGAGCAGUAUUUCAAGGACGAGCCCGUCACCGACGCCGAGCGCCUGCGCCUGGCCUACCUGCUCAUCACCAAGCCCAAGAACGAGGGCGGUGCUGGAAUCACGCCGCAGGUCGGCGCCUGGAAGUACGUGGCAUCGAUAUUCCCCCUCCACGACCGCGACUUCAACCGCCAGUGGAUCAAGCAGUGGAGCACCAAGUACUACCUCGACAGCAGCGACAUUGACCAGAUCCGCGACCGCUUCGGCGAGCGCGUGGCUUUCUACUUUGCCUUCCUCCAGUCCUACUUCACCUUUCUGCUGUUCCCCGCAGCCUUUGGCUUCGCUUCCUGGCUGCUCCUAGGGCAGUUCUCGUGGUUCUACGCCCUAGUAAACUGUCUCUGGUCUGUUGUCUUCUUUGAGCACUGGAAGAUGAAGGAGGUUGACCUCGCCGUCCAGUGGGGGGUGCGAGGCGUCUCCAAGAUCCAGCUUCCUCGCUCAAAGUUCCAGUUCGACCACGAGGCCCAGGACCCGGUGACUGGCGAGAUUAUUAGGAUGUACUCGCCCUUCAAGCGUUUUGCGCGACAGCUUCUUCAGGCCCCCUUUGCGCUGGCUUGUUUUGUCGUCCUGGGAACCCUGAUUGUCAGCUGUUUUUCAAUUGAGAUUUUCAUUACUGAAAUCUAUAACGGGCCUUUUAAGCAGUACCUGACCUUCCUGCCCACUAUCCUCUUGACCAUCUUCACGCCUACGCUUACGACCCUGCUCACCAAACUGGCAGAGCGCCUUACAGAGAUGGAGAACUACGAAACCAAAGACGCUCACCAAGCGUCAUUCGUCCAAAAGAUUUUUGUGCUGAAUUUUAUCACUUCGUACUCGCCUAUAUUCCUCACUGCUUUUGUCUACGUGCCCUUUGGCAAAAUCCUGGUGCCAUACCUUGACGUGUUCCAGCUUACGGCCCAGAAGUUCACAACAGAAGGGAAGCCAUUGCCGACCAAAGCCUGGGAAAUCAACCCCGAUAGGCUCACGAAACAGGUCAUCUACUUCACAGUGACGGCCCAGAUAGUCAAUUUUGUCACCGAGGUUAUCGUGCCUUAUGCCAAGCGGAAGAUGUCCAAGGCGGUGGAGGAGGUCCAUUCUGAAAUUUCUUCAGAGAAGAAAGCCGAACUCCGGGUCCGGGACGUGCCCGAGGAGCAUGAGUUCCUUGGGCGUGUAAGAGAAGAGGCGGAGCUUGACGAGUACGAUGUCACUGUUGACUAUAGGGAAAUGGUGAUUCAGUUUGGGUACCUGUCGCUCUUCUCGGUGGUUUGGCCACUGACAGCAUGCUCGUUUCUGGUCAACAACUGGGUCGAAGCCCGGUCGGAUGCGAUGAAGAUUGCCAUUAGCAGCCAACGGCCAAUCCCAUGGCGCGCAGACUCGAUCGGCCCCUGGCUCAACUCGCUGGGAUUUCUGUCGUGGCUCGGCAGCGUCACCAGCGCCGCAUUGGUGUUUCUCUUUCACCAGAGCCAGCACGGACCGGACGGCUCGCCGUGGGACAUCUCUGGCUGGGCUCUCCUGCUCUCGAUUUUGUUCUCAGAGCACGUCUACCUCGUCGUGCAGCGAAUCGUCCGUAGCGCCGUCCAUCUUAUGGACAGCCCUGGCCUCCAGAAGGAGCGAGCGGAACGGUUUGCUAUGCGCAAGCAGCUUCUGGAGCAGACGUUUAGCCAAGACUUGACGGAGGAAUCUCACGGCCCCGGCUUGAGUGGCGGCGAGAAGAUUACUCGUGAAGCGCUCGAGGAAGAAGCGCGACGGAUUUCAAUCAAGGGCAAUGGGACUCCGGAGGAGCAGUUCUGGCAACGGCAACGAGGGGCAUCGGAAACCAUUCAGAUUGGACGGUCGCUGAUUUCGGAGCAGGCGACGGCGAACAUUACCAAGUCACAAAAGUAA